AUUUAUUUAAUAAAUUAAGUAGUAAAACAAAGAGGGGGACCAAACCAAACCUCUUCAGAAAACAACAUCUAACGAAUACCAACCCAUAUGUAUUUAUUUUCCUUCUAACUUAUGUCGUUCAUAGAUAUUAGUUUACCAUAUUAUUUUGUUUCUAUAUUUGAAGGUGAAUUACCACCACCUGCUGGAGCUACAAAGUUACCUAAAAGCUAUUAUUCUAAAGUCACCUGUUCUAAGUGUAAAAAGAAGGGCCAUAAUACGAGAACAUGUGGCAAGAGAAAUGAUCAAGCCAACAAUACUCAAUUUGGGGUUGAAGCUCAAAAUGUUAACCAAGUUGAUAAUUCUGAUAAUGUUCUAAAUUCUGCAAAUCAUGUGGCAAACGAGAAUGGCAUGCCAAAUGAAAAUGUUGAUGUUGAUACUAUGAUGCAGGAGGUAAACCAUCAAACACCCACACAACAAUCUGAACCAGUUUAUGUCCAAAGUGUGGCUUCAUCUCAACCAGUGCAUUUAUCAGAACCAAGUUGGCAAUCUUUCCUUGCUCCAACCAGUUCUUCACAACCUAUUGUAUCAUCAAUGCCAUCAUUCUCAAACAUGUUCAAUGAUUCACUAACAGUGAGGUCCAAGUCAUAUGCAAGGAAGCCACCUAUGAGGUCUGACUCUAUUAAAGGACCAAAAGAUGCCAACAAGAAGGUUUGGAGGCCUUGAACCUACCAUGGAGCUUUGCUACCCAUGUUUUGUUAAUUGACUGCAUUUGGGCAGUUUUGUCAGUUAGCCGUGUAGCAACACCCCCUUAAUUAAGGGUGUAUUUUGUAACUUGACUUCAUUGGCGUUUGCUC